CAUUAAACAUCAAGCCCAUUUUAAAUUCCAAAAAAUGGCUAAUUCCUCCAACCCCAGUCCCAAAGAUACCUAACCACAUCAACCUCACCUAUAGAGAACGGAUUCCUUUCAUUUCACUGAACCAAACUAAAGAUACUCUCAAGCUCACCAAGAAAAAGAAAAUAAAGCUAAGAAAAGAACAGAGUUCCUUUAAUUCUAUCGAUAUGGAGACUCGCAAGAAGUUCUUAAUUAAAUAUGCAAAUCAAAAUCAAACCUUUACAUGAGUAAAGAACCCUUCAAUGAACGGCAGGAGACACUUAAAGCAUGACGAUAAGUUCCUUACCACUCAAACGACGGCCAAGUACCCUCAGGUUCGUCAAAUGGAUUGUUAACUCUCUGCUUUUUAAAGCCUAUUUCACUAUCAAAAUGAUGACUUUUCGCCAAAAAAAGACUUGCUUUUUAGUGAAAAUAUUGACUUUCAGUUCGAAAAUAAUUUUUACGACAAAUGAGGCUUCCAGAUAUUUUUUUAGCUUAAUAAAGACAUAA